AUGUCACGCUGUCUUCUGGAGGAACAAGCACCACAUGGUUUCGAGAUGAGCCAACUUAUGUUCAGUGAUGAUGACGAUGUUAGCAGACACGCCGCAGAUCUCGAGCAAAUUCACAAAUCAAUCGCUCUUAAUGAGCCGUCCUUCUUACCUUUCAACUCAGCCUAUUGCAAAGAGAAUCAGAUUAGCUGCACCCGGUUAGAAAAGACGCCGAUUUACCGACGUCUCCAUCCUGAGCGUAGGUGCCCGCUCGGAGAAGUGUUCGUCAAACCAUUCGUUCCGGUUACAAACUCAAACGAUGAGUAUGAAUUUGGGAGCGAUCACGAUGCUUGCAAUGAACAAGCUGUCAGGUCUUCCUUCUCAUAUUCGCGCCCUCCUUCAACUGAAUCGUCUGCUAGCUCCGGUUCGGCUACUGAUCAGCGCCCUAACACUCCGCUUUCUACAAGUAAUACUCCACGCCUAGAUCGCAGGAAAAGAUUACGGCUUCAGAAAUUACGUGAUGCUGUAAUUGCAGCUCGCAGUACCGCAAGCGACGAUGAUCAAGAGUUCGUGCCUGGACCAUGCGAGUUUGGGUCUUUGUUAGACGAUCAGGAAACUCCAACUAGGAAACUGCGACCGCGAAGAGAACUGUGGAAUUCUGAUGAUGACCUCCCGCUUGCGGAUGUGCAACUUCAAGUAGUGCUCGACAUAUCAGAGAAGGAGGCACAAGCAUUUGCUGCUCUUAAACGUUCUUCGGAAUGUGUUUCCCCCGCAGAGGCAAACACUACUGACCACGAUGUGGAUGAUUUCGCCUAUCUUCCUACUUCCCAACCAAUCCAAUCCAAUCUUAAAAGAGGAGCGAAACGAAAACGUACACAACUGAGUACACCUAAAGCAGGUGAUUCGGACACCUUCAGCCCACGAAGUGUGAAAGUCACUCGCACUGCUACCUCUAGUGUGUUUAGGAGAAAGCGCAGACAUACCACAGGUGAAUGCCACACACUAACAGAGGGACAAAGCGAUUCAGACAUGGAUCAACCAUUAUCUCAUUUCGCUACGUUCAGCGAUGUUCACAAAAUGUCUCGUAGUACUGCAAAAAAGAAGAAAUCGCGGUUAAGCUGUGGAAACUCAACGGACGAAGAAUACAAAGGGUCUGACAGCGAAAUGCCUCUAUCCGAAAUCCGUCGUCGACAGCGAAUUGUUAAUGAUAUCACCGGAGAUCUUUGUGGCUACCUCAGAGGUGUUGAUAAAUAUUUUAACGAAGUGUUGCUGGACCUAUUGAUUUGUGACCAACCAACCAGCCACUUGUUGUGGACCUCUUGGAAGAUUGUCGACGACAAAUCCGGGAUGAAACCGCCACGGUCCACCGCUUCCACGGAAUCAGGGAUGGAAAUCGUCCAGAAGUCGUUGGAGGGAUUAAGCCUCGAGGAUAAAGUUACAAAAUUAUUGAAGAGAGUAGUAGAAAGCGAGGAUCAGAACGCUAAAUUGAGGGAAAAAGCUGCUCAGGUUGACAAGGUAACAAAAGCUAACGCUUCUCUCGAAAAGAAAUUGGAAAAAACAAAUUUGAUUCUACUAAAAACUGAAGAUGCUAAAGGAAAGCUUGAAGAGCUAUGCCGCGAACUGCAAAGAAUGAACAAACAAAUCCGUGAAGAUAGCCUCAAUAAGGUACGACUGCUUGAGCACGAACGGCAGCAAGCUGUGGAGCAGCUGCGAACUGCUCUUAAGAGUAUCGAAGCAAGUAUGAACGAAGGCAAGGAACGAUCGGAUGCUUUGGCUGCCGAUAACGGAAGAUUAGCGGAGAAAUUAAAAGAACUCGGACAAGAAUACGAGUCGCGAAUCACUGCCAUUCAAGAACAGUAUAAAGAAAAGGACUCUUACUGGCAAGAGUAUAACAAAGCCAAGGAUAUAGAAAUAAAACUGUUGAAGACAAAAUUAGAAGCGGCAGAAAUCAACGCACAGAAAUCCGCUUUGGAAAAGGAAGAGUUGACGAGGACUUUCGUUGAAGGAACGGCUAGAAUGGGUGGUGCAUUGGAGAAUGAAAAAGCGCUUAGAGCUGAGGUGAAGCGAUACGCUGGAAGAUACGAAGAAAUCACAAAAAGUUUAGCGGAAAGCAAUGCUGCGUUUGACAAGUUUAAGAAGGAGAUCGAUAGGGUGAACGCAAAUUUCAAAAAAGUCGAAACGGAUUCGUUUAAAUGGAAGCAGAAAUACGAAGAAGCGUCGAAGAAUGUAUUGGUGUUGACGAUGGCAAAGAAGGAGUUGGAGGAGAACGCUGUACUACAACAGAAGAAACUCGGCCAACUCGAACAACUUUGCCGAGCUCUCAGCUCUCGACAAACGAAUCCUACUGCCACACCCACCACUGAUUCGGCCGCCACCGCCACCGCCGCUCUCACCUCCCCAACAGACCAAGCCUCUUCCUCGUCGUCAUGA